AUGCGAUUUCAGCUAGACACCCACCCUUCUAUUGCCGAGGAUCAUGCGCAUAAACUUCGCGCAACUAUUGCAAAAGAAGCUGAUGCUUCUCAGCGGUAUACUGUUGUCAGCAGGGGCAGUCCAAUGAGAACCACACUAUCUGGAAUUAAGAUAUUUUCGGAUUUUGCUAGUGACAGCGAUAGGACACUUGAUCGAAAAGGAAGUGGUGAAGGCAAUUUUCCGCAUCAUAGCAAGGAACCCAACCUUUACUCGACGUUAAGCUCAUCACGAAGUUCGGCUAAUGCUGCACUACCAGUGCUAUCCUCAGAUCCAAUUUUGACAAUUUCUCGCGAGAAAAGUGGAUCUUUUGCGUUGGCAUAUUCAAUUGGCAAUGUCCCAUCAGAUAAAAAUGGCUGGAAUUUAUUUGUAGACGAGCGUGAGUUUAGGCGCCAAAUAGAUGGAGACCCUGCUGUUUCCUCAUACCUGAAGUUCUACAAGAAUGAUCGGGGAAAUAUUUGCAAGACUUACCCGUCAAAGCUGCUCCUUCCAGCAUCUACAACUUCCGUUACGUUGGCUAAAGUGGCUGAUUUUCGCGCUAAGAAUCGGCUGCCUGUGAUAACAUACUAUCAUCGUCGUAAUAGGUGUGUCCUGACUCGCUCAAGCCAACCCCUUUUGGGAAAUUUGCUCUCAGGAACCUCAAACGUGUCGGACCAGCUACUUUUGGGAGUGUAUCGUCGACUCCCUGAUAUCAUCAAGAACCAGUCGCAAUCAUCUCAAUCAUCUCGGCCUCUUUAUAUUUUCGAUGCGCGAAAACCAAAAGCUUCAACAGGAAAUCGUCUCAUGGGUAAAGGUGGAGUCGAGACGCCUCAAGAUUACCCGGGUGCCGUUGUCCAUCAUUUGAACAUCGCCAACAUGUAUCGUAUGCAGUCUUCAUAUAUGGGGUUGAUGAAGCUGCUCCUACCAGGUGGUGUGGACGACAACGACCGUACUUGGCUAUCGAGUGUGGAAUCGACGAGAUGGCUGGAUCAUGUUCGAUUGGUGCUUGGUGGUGCUUUAAAGAUCGCACGUGUAUUGGAAUCAGAAGGAGCAUCAGCGCUAGUACAUUGUAGCGAUGGCUGGGACCGUACUUCGCAGCUGUGUGCACUUGCACAACUAAUGAUCGACCCGUACUACCGAACUAUUCGUGGAUUUGCUGUACUUGUAGAAAAAGACUGGUUAGCAUUCGGACACAAAUACGCAGAAAGGUGCGGUAGUGAUCGUAGCCGGGACCCACAACGCAAUAAGUCAUCACCCGUCAUGUUACAGUUUCUCGACGCCGUCUGGCAAAUGCAACGACAGUAUCCCUAUUCGUUUGAAUUUAACGAAAGAUUCUUGUUGCAUCUAGCAAACUCACUGACCUCGGGACUUUAUGGCACAUUCAUGUAUGACUCGCGACUUCAGCGAGAUGUGAACGAAGUGAAGAGCAGUACGGUCUCUGUGUGGACACCAGUGCUAAUGAAGCCAUAUUUAUAUACAACGAGUAAUUAUAAGAUGCACGAUGGCCCAAUCUGGCCUUGGGUAAGCUGCACCAUGAUUCGCCUUUGGGAUAGCUACUUUUUCCAGUGGCAUCCCAAGUUUUAUAAAUGUCAAUGGGUAUGCAGUCUGGUCUCUCAUGGUCCUCUCACGUGUCAUGAUGGUAAGGGUGCUAGCGCAGACAACAAUCGAGAGGAGGAUCAACACGACCAAGUCUCGAACCUCAACUCCAGCUCCGUCAAACACAGCUAG